AUGGCGUACUCCACCGUGCAGAGGGUGGCCCUGGCCUCGGGGCUCGUCCUGGCUGUGUCGCUGCUUCUGCCCAAGGCCUUUUUGUCCCGCGGAAAGCGGCAGGAGCCACCGCCGCUCACCGAAGGGAAGUUGCGUCGAUUUCCACCUAUGAUGCAUCAUCACCAGGCACCCUCAGAUGGCCAGACCUCUGGGGCUCGCUUCCAGAGGUCUCACCUUGCAGAGGCCUUUGCAAAGGCUAAAGGACCAGGUGGAGGCACUGGAGGAGGAGGGAGUGGAAGAGGCCUGAUGGGGCAGAUUAUUCCAAUCUACGGUUUUGGGAUUUUUUUAUAUAUACUAUACAUUUUAUUUAAGCUCUCAAAGGGGAAAAGUACUGCAGAGGAUCGGAAGUGCUCUACUGCCACACCUGGAAGCACCCACAGGAAAAUUACCAAUUUUGAGCUUGUUCAACUACAAGAAAAACUGAAGGAGACAGAGGAAGCCAUGGAAAAACUAAUCAACAGAGUGGGGCCUAAUGGUGAGAGCAGAGCACAGGCCGUGACUUCUGACCAAGAAAAACGAUUGCUGCAUCAGCUCCGAGAAAUCACCAGGGUCAUGAAAGAAGGAAAAUUCAUUGACAGACCCACUCCAGAGAAAGAAGCUGAGGAGGCCCCUUACAUGGAGGACUGGGAAGGUUACCCUGAAGAGACCUAUCCAAUUUAUGACCUUUCAGAUUGCAUCAAGCGUAGGCAAGAAACAAUCCUGGUGGAUUACCCUGACCCAAAAGAGCCCUCUGCCGAGGAAAUAGCUGAAAGAGUGGGAGUGAUAGAAGAAGGAUCAGGCCAUUUGGGGUGGGAAAUGCCUACUGACCCCAGAGCUCAGGAAGAUAAUUCUGUUACCUCACGUGACCCAGAGGUAGAAACAUGUUCCUGCUGUUUUCAUGAAGAAGAGGAUCCUGCUGUCUUGGCAGAGAAUGCCGGAUUUGGUGCAGACAGUUACCGUGAGCAAGAGGAGACCACCGAAGAAAUGUGGCCCCGCGACUUGAGAGAUGAAGGGCCAGGCGUCAGUGCUGAUAAAGCAGAUCCAGGGGGCAUGCUGAGGAAGCGGGACCCCCACCGUUUAGAGUACAGACAGACAGUUUGGUGA